GUGACGAAGACCCUGGGGCCCCCGCGACCUGCUGCAAUGCAGGCCGUGGCGGUGCAGCCCGCCUGCCUGGGCCUGUACUGCGGGAGGGCCGUGCUGGUCGCCAACGGCUCCAACGGGGUGUACAGCGACUGCGGGGUGUGUCCCAGGGGACAGAGGACGGACGACCACAAAAUCUGCCGGCCAUGCACAGAGUCCCCAGACCGCUACGACUGGCUGUACCUGGGCUUCAUGGCCAUGCUGCCCCUGGUGCUGCACUGGUUCUUCAUCGAGUGGUAUUCAGGAAAGAAGAGUUCCAGUGCAUUGUUCCAGCACAUUACAGCCUUAUUUGAAUGCAGUGUCGCAGCUAUAGUUACGCUGCUUGUGAGUGACCCAGUGGGUUCCCUGUGCAUCCGCUCCUGCAAGGUAGUGAUGCUGUCAGACUGGUAUACGAUGCUGUACAACCCAAGCCCGGAUUACAUUAACACUAUUCACUGCACUCAUGAAGCAGUCUAUCCUCUAUACACCAUAGUGUUUAUCUACUAUGCCUUCUGCCUAGUGUUGAUGAUGCUGCUUCGACCUCUUCUGGUUAAGAAGAUCGCCUGUGGCUUAGGAAAGUCGGAUAGAUUUAAAAGCAUUUAUGCAGCCCUGUACUUCUUCCCUAUUCUAACUGUGCUUCAGGCUGUUGGAGGAGGCCUCCUCUAUUACGCUUUCCCUUAUAUUAUAUUGGUGUUAUCGUUGGUCACCCUGGCUGUGUACAUGUCAGCUUCUGAAGUUGAGUCUUUCAAGGAUCUUCUGCUCAGGAAGAAAAGGCUUGUUGUUCUCUUUAGCCACUGGUUACUUCAUGCCUAUGGAAUCAUCUCGAUUUCCAAGCUGGAUAAGCUAGAGGAGGAUUUACCCCUACUGGCUUUGGUGCCCACCCCUGCCCUCUUCUAUCUAAUGACUGCAAAGUAUACGGAGCCCUCACGCAUACUUUCAGAGGGAGCAAAUGGACAUUAAAUCAAACUUGUGCCAAGAAGCUGUCCUGAUCACCUGGAUUAAGCAACCUCAGAGCUUCGUUCAUCCUUUGGGUCUUUGGUGUAUAGUCAGGUUGUUACUGAACCAGACACUUCUCACAACACCUCAGAAAGACUGAGAGACUAUGGACUCAUAAGCUAUGUCUACAUAGCAAAACGUUGUGCUGUGCAGAGGUAACCAAGCUAGCUCAGAUCCUGGCAGCCAUGUGGUACUCUGCCCAGGGCAGGUUACCUCAGCCUGGGAAGCAGGUCUAAGUGGCCUGGGCAGGCUGCCACACUAAUGUGGCUACUCUGUUUCCAAUACCUAAGGUAGCUUCUUCACCAUGACUUUGAGUAUCUCAGCACAGCACAAUGCAAUACUGUAUAAACACACCCUUGGAAAGAGCUGCAUUUGCUGUUUUACUGCAUGAACAGUAUGUAUGGUUCCAGGUGAGUGAUGUACUGUAAAUAUGCUGCUGGGAUU